CUUCUUUGUGCUCAUUGUCAUGAGGGAAAUCAUUCAUGUUCAAGCAGGCCAGUGUGGCAACCAGAUUGGCUCAAAGUUUUGGGGAGUGAUAUCAGAUGAACACGGUAUUGAUCCAAGUGGGGUUUAUAAAGGUGACUCUGAUCUUCAGCUUGAAAGAAUAGAUGUCUAUUACAAUGAAGCAUCAGGAGGAAAGUACGUUCCUCGAGCUAUCCUAGUGGACCUGGAACCUGGAACUAUGGACUCAGUCCGGUCUGGCCAGUUUGGACAGCUGUUCAGACCUGACAACUUUAUCUUUGGUCAAAGUGGAGCCGGUAAUAACUGGGCUAAAGGGCACUACACAGAAGGAGCAGAACUAGUAGACAUGGUAAUGGAUGUCAUGAGAAAAGAAGCAGAAAGUUCUGAUUGUUUGCAAGGUUUUCAACUGACCCACUCUCUAGGUGGCGGUACUGGUUCCGGCAUGGGAACUCUGCUUGUUUCUAAAGUUAGAGAAGAAUAUCCAGACCGUAUCAUGGCCACCUUUUCCGUUUUCCCAUCUCCAAAAGUAUCUGAGACUGUAGUUGAACCAUACAAUGCCACAUUAUCUGUGCAUCAGUUGGUAGAAAACACAGAUCAAACUUUCUGUAUUGAUAACGAGGCUCUGUACGAAAUCUGCUUUCGUACCCUCAAACUCAGAAAUCCCUCUUAUGGUGAUCUGAACCACUUAGUGUCAGCCUCUAUGUCCGGUGUAACCACAUGUCUUCGGUUUCCUGGUCAGUUGAACGCUGACCUUCGCAAGCUUGCUGUUAAUAUGGUGCCCUUUCCACGCCUUCAUUUCUUUAUGCCUGGAUUUGCUCCACUCACUUCCAGAGGGAGCCAGCAGUACCGAGCUGUUACAGUCCCGGAAAUGACUCAACAGAUGUUCGAUGCCAAGAACAUGAUGGCGGCUUGUGACCCUCGGCAUGGACGGUACCUGACAGUUGCUGCCAUCUUUAGGGGAAGAAUGAGCAUGAAAGAAAUAGACGAACAACUUCUAAACGUUCAGAAUAAAAAUAGCAGCUAUUUCGUUGAGUGGAUUCCUAACAAUGUUAAGCUGGCUGUUUGUGAUAUCCCACCUCGUGGCCUCAAGAUGGCGGCUACCUUCAUUGGAAACACCACAGCUAUUCAAGAAAUCUUCAAGAGAAUAGCAGAACAAUUCACAGCCAUGUAUCGUCGCAGGGCUUUCUUGCAUUGGUACACAGGGGAAGGGAUGGACGAGAUGGAGUUUACUGAGGCUGAGUCUAACAUGAAUGACCUAGUAUCUGAAUACCAACAAUAUCAAGAGGCUUCUAUUGAUGAUGAUUCCGACUUUGAUAACGAUGAUGAUGAGAUUUUAAUGGAAGACGUCCCGGGUGUUCCUCAACCUUUACAGGAGAUCAGUCAACCCCAGCGUGGAUAUGCAAAUUGAACACUAUAUAACGUUUCUCCUAUAAAAGUAAAGCGAAACAGGUUGAUUGUGUGUAUAAAAAUAAUUAUCUAUUUUAAAUCAUUAUCAAUGAAUUUUAAAAUCAAGACCCAAAAACUCGAACACUUUUGAAUAUUUGACUCUGCUGAAGAAGAAUAGUCAACUAUUC